AUCACCGCCCCGCCCGGGGCACCGCUCGGCUGCCUCCCUCCGCUCCGGCGCCUCUGCAUUGCUCCAACCGCGGGGACCUGGCAGCCACCUGCCCAUGAAGCGGACCCCUGCUGACCAUGGCUCCGUCGGGCCCUAGCAGCGUGAAGCGCCGGUGCAGGAGGUGUCUGUACUGGAUCCCGGUGCUUUUUAUCUCCAUCAUCGUCUGCUGGUCCUACUACGCCUAUGUGAUCCAGCUCUGCAUAGUAUCCAUGGACAAUAUUGGCGAGAAGGUGCUCUGCCUGGUAGCGUAUCACUUUUUCGUCCUUCUAUUUGUAUGGUCCUACUGGAAGACUAUAUUCACAUUGCCAAUGAAUCCAUCUAAAGAAUUUCAUUUGUCAUAUGCUGAUAAAGAACUCCUGGAAAGGGAGCCAAGAGGGGAGUCCCAACAAGAUGUAUUGAGAAGACUAGCCAAGGACCUUCCGGUCUACACUAGGACAAUGUCAGGAGCCAUCAGAUACUGUGACAGAUGCCAGCUUGUGAAGCCGGACCGCUGUCAUCAUUGCUCAGUCUGUGAUAAAUGCAUAUUAAAAAUGGAUCAUCAUUGUCCUUGGGUGAACAACUGUGUUGGGUUCUCCAACUACAAGUUUUUCCUGCUUUUUUUGGCAUAUUCACUACUCUACUGCCUUUUUAUUGUUGCCACGGACUUACAGUAUUUUAUCAAGUUCUGGACAAAUGGUUUGCCUGACACUCAAGCCAAAUUCCACAUCAUGUUUUUGUUCUUCGCCGCUGCUAUGUUCUCUGUCAGCCUGUCCUCCCUCUUUGGAUACCACUGUUGGCUUGUCUGCAAGAACCGAUCUACGUUAGAGGCCUUCAGAGCGCCUGUAUUCCGGCACGGCGCAGACAAAAACGGCUUUAGCCUUGGGUUUAGCAAGAAUUUGCGGCAAGUAUUUGGCGAUGAAAAGAAAUACUGGUUGCUCCCUGUGUUCACAAGCCUGGGAGAUGGCUGUUCCUUCCCAACUUGCCUCGUGAAUCAGGAUCCUGAGCAGGCUUCCACACCUACUGGUUCCAAUGUACCUGCAAAGAGCGUUGAAAAUCAUCCAUUCCCAGCAAAGCCUCUUCGGGAAUCUCAGAGCCACCUCCUGACUGAUACCCAGUCAUGGGCGGAAACCAACGGGAACAACGAGAAGGCAAAACUUGGGAUGACUAAUCCUGGAUUAACUAUAGAAAAUGAAACCUAGGGCUUCUGGGUGCCGGCGAUGGUAAAAGAAAGUUUGAAAUCGGUCUCUAGGGACACAGGCGAAGAAGAUGUCACCCUCCCAUUGGCUUAUAUUGCAUCCGUACCAUGGUGGAUGUGAUCACCAAAAUUGGCAGCAGCAUCUGAUUGGCUCUCUCCAUUACCGCUUCGAACAUGACUAAGACUGAAUCUAGUAUUAUAUUAGCAUCGGGAAACAUGCACAUGCCGAAAUCCAUCGUGGUUAUUCAAGUACUAUCAUGUAAAGGAGAAGGCAGUCUUUAUAGUACAAACAGUCCUGUGUUGUAUACAAUGUAAGGUUGUAUUUUGACUGUGUUUUUAUGAAAUAGAGCACAAGCAUUAUUGUGAUUCCUCAUCCAAGAAUGAACAUCCUUCUAUAUAUUCUAUUUAUCGAGUGCAAAAUACUUCUUUUUGGAAAGGAAAAUAAUGACAACAAAGUAUAUGAAACAGCAGUAUAUAUUGAUGAUACCCACUGUUACUGAUUAUAUCAAUUAUAAGAUGAUAUCUGACAAAUAUAGAGUUUAUAUUUAUUUUGUAUUUAACAAAAUCUGGACUAUAAUAUAUGAACAAUGAAGCAAAAUAGUGUUUAGAAUGUAUUGAUCUAUCCAUUUUAAUCAGUAUUCUGAAAUAUACGUAAAAAUCUACAAA